AUGACUUCGUGCCUUGCCGCUUUCUCAAUCCUGAUCCUCAUCGGGACUACUGUUGAGGAGGGACACUGGCGACAAGAAUGGCCCCUGGAGGAAGGCUUUUGUGUGGCCAUGUUCGAACGGUUUGUCGAUCUCUACUUAUACCACGAGCCAGAUAUUCUUCGGCUCGUGAAUUCGGGACCCGCGUUGCCAGAGCUAGAGGCCAAAGCGAGACAAAGCUGUGUGACAAUGGAGAACUGCUUGAAACGACACCAGGACAAGUGGAGUGUUAUUGCUGUGGUGCAGAUUAAGGAUGAGUACGGGAACUCCACACAAUGUAGAAUAUUACUCGAUUGUGGAUCGAUGCAUAAUUUGAUCUCCACGAGCAUAGUAAACGCGUUACGUCUACGCAAAUUCAGUACAAAUAUAAGCAUAGAAGGUGUAUCUGGAACACCAAAAUUGAUUAAGAACAUGGUUGGAGCACGGAUUCGCUCAAUUUCUAAUAAAAAUGUUUCGAUGAACCUGAACUUCCUAGUGAUGAAACGAGUCACAUCCCAUUUACCAAUACGAUCAUUUCCUAUCGAUCCCGGAAGAAUUCCUGUAGAUGUACAGCUUGCGGAUCCUCAGUUCAAUCGGUCGAGACGAAUCGAUAUGCUUUUAGGGAUUCAAGCAUUCAAUGAAUUAUUCACUGGCCAAUCAUUUUCGUUGACAGACGAUGGCUCGUUCCGGUGCAAAGAGACAGUUUUCGGCUGGGUGGUGGGAGGAGCAGUCAGUCAGUUUUUUCUUGCCUCAUCAUGCAGUGUUCAACCCCGCGAGCACUACCACGAAGACACGAGUGGAACGUCUCUAAAUGAUCAUUUACUCGUCGGGCCGGUUCUGCAACGUAAGCUAACUGAAAUUGUGCUUCGUUUCAGGGUACCGAAGAUAGUGUUUACUGCGGACAUUACACAAAUGUUCCGGCAGAUUGUUAUUCGACCAAGCGAUAGAAAAUAUCAACAAGUUUUUUGGCGUGCGCGGCCUGAAGACCCUUUGGAGGUGUACCAACUAGCGACAGUCACAUAUGGCACAGCAUGUGCCCCAUUUCUAGCAACUCGAACACUGGAGCAAUUGUGCAAAGAUGAGCGAAAACGAUUUCCUUUGACGUCCCAGGCUGGGACUGUAGACUUUUAUGUUGACGACCUACUAAGCGGAGCAGAAACUAUCGAGAAGGCAUUGGACCUACAGAACGAGUUUAUCCAAAUGAUGGCUUCAGGAGGAUUCAAACUACAUAAGUGGGCAUCAAACUGUCCUGCAUUCCUGGAAUCGGUUCCGAAUGCUGAUAACGAACAAAUUGCCUUUUUUAAGGAUGAAAAAACGACACGUACCCUGGGUUUAACGUGGCAACCCCGACAAGACGUAUUCUUAACAAAACUGCACGAAAUAGAUUUCCACAACGGUCCAGUAACCAAACGAUCAAUCUAUUCAGAUAUAGCCAAAUUGUACGACCCUUUGGGCUUGUUGGGACCAGUGAUCUUCGCAGCAAAGAUACGAUUGCAACGUUUAUGGCAGCUUGAGGUUGAGUGGGACGAUGUGUUAUCCGAUGAUGAAGCUGAACACUGGACUACCUUUCGGAAUCAACUGGUACAGAUGGGAGAAAUACCAAUCAAGCGCGGUGUCCUUCCGUACAAUUUCCCUUGCCAAGUGGAGCUUCACGGAUUUUGCGAUGCGUCCAAUCUCGGUUAUGGGCCAUGCGUUUAUGUACGUUCGAUUAAUAAUUCCGGACAUUGCUCAACCAUUCUUUUAACCUCAAAGUCUCGAAUUGCACCACUGAAAAACGCUAAACCGACAAUACCGCGUCUUGAACUUUGCGGUGCACGUGAACUUGCCCGAUUAAUUUCAAAUAUAACGCACAAUUUGAACAUUACUUUUUCCAAAAUUGUUCUUUGGUGCGAUUCCACCACCGCUAUUUCUUGGAUACAGACCGACCCAAGCAAGCUGAAGACAUUUGUUUGCAACAGAGUUAUCGAAAUACAGCAACUGACCAAAAGUAUGGAGUGGAGACAUGUGAGCACAAAUGAAAAUCCAGCAGAUUUCAUAUCGCGUGGACUAUUACCUAGCGAGAUCCGAGCAUGCAAGCUUUGGUGGUUUGGUCCGACAUUUCUGACCAAAGACGAGACAGACUGGCCUGUGAAUUCUCAACAACUUCCGAUAGAACAGCUUCCAGAAUCGCGAAAUCCUUCAAUGAGCUUCGCGGUCAUCGAUACAUCCGAAAAAUUCAUCUUGUUCGCCAGGCAGAGCAGCUUUAGGCGAAUGCAACGUGUCAUGGCAUUUGUACUGCGAUUCAUCGACCAUAUUCAGCGAGGUAGUCACAAGAAUCAUCGAUAUGGGCAGCUCACCAUCCAAGAAUUAGACGAGGCAACGAAGGCGAUGAUCAGCAUAGCCCAGAGAGAAGCGUUUCCCAGAGAUUUCCGUUGUCUUGAAUCUGGUCAGGUAAUUCAUCAACAGAGUAAGUUAACUCAGUAUUCAGUGUUUCUAGAUAAAAGUCGUUUUGCUGUGAUGCGAGUUGGUGGAAGGAAUCAUAAUGCUUCAUGGAUACCGAUACAUCAGAGGCAUCUCAUGAUAUUACCACCUGGUCAUCCAUUCACACAUGCAGUUGCAAGAGCAUAUCAUGUUGAACUUCUGCAUGCUCCACAACAGCUACUCAACGCGUUGCAAAGAAGAUAUUGGAUAGUACACGGUCGCAGCACUGUACGCUGGGUCAUUCGACGGUGUGUUACUUGUUUCAAGGCGAAACCAGUGACAAUGCAACAGAUGAUGGGCAACUUACCGAAAUCACGCCUUGAAGGUGGCUACACAUUUCGAAAUACUGGAGUGGAUUUUUGUGGUCCUAUGUUUGUCCGUCAGCAAAAUAAGCGGUCAACUGUCGUGUAUAAGGCGUAUGUGGCAGUCUUUGUUUGCUUCGCCACGAAGGCGAUACAUUUAGAGCUGGUUUCCAACCUAACGGCGGAUGCAUUUAUUGCCGCAUUACAACGCUUCAUUUCACGCAGAGGUAAAUGUGAACGAUUGUUUUCCGAUAAUGGUCUGAAUUUCGUUGGUAGCAAGAACAAGUUACGAGAAAUGUACGAUAUGUCCCGGUCUCAGCUUUUUAAGCACAAGCUGGACGAUUUCUGUUCAAAGGCAGCCAUAGACUGGCACCUUAUACCGCCUAACGCUCCACACUUCGGCGGAUUAUGGGAGGCAGGUGUACGAUCUGCCAAAUAUCAUCUUAAGCGCAUAAUAGGGACGGCUAAUCUAAAUUUUGAAGAGUAUGCAACCGUUCUUGCGCGCAUCGAAGCCGUUCUAAAUUCGAGACCGAUUACACCAAUGUCGGUAGACCCUAACGACGUCGCACCUUUAACCCCUGGGCACUUUUUAGUGGGACGACCUUUAACGGAUAUUGCUGAGCCCGAUGUCACCGAUCACAAAGAAUCAACACUCUCCCGUUGGCAGCGACAAACACAGAUGGUGCAACAUUUCUGGCGUCGUUGGUCAAACGACUACAUUACGACAUUGCAGAAUCGCAACAAAUGGCACGAACGUUACCCAGUGAAGAAGAAUCAAAUGGUCAUCGUACGUGAAGACAAUCUCCCUACCAUGCAAUGGAAACUCGGCAGGAUCAGUAACGUCAUUCCGGGCCCGGACGGUCUACUGCGAGUUGUGGACGUGCGUGUAGGCAAUAAGCUGUUCCGACGACCAAUUGCCAAGCUGUGCCUUCUACCAAUAGCAGACAACUUCCCAUCGGCCGACAACGAUUAUAAUAAUGAUUGA